AGAACCCUCGAUGUCUCACAGUCCAGUACACGCUUUCGUAAUGUUUGAUGGUUAGUUUCGUCAUCCGCAACCCCAUCAUCUGGCGUUGGUAAUACCUAGUGCAGUUAGUUGGUGAAUAUUUACUUCUACCACAGCAGGCCCCGCGCUCAGUACAGCUCUGGAUGCCGUAGUAUUUAGUGUGUACGUAUAUGUUCGAAAAUUCCGUGCAACGUUCUUCCGAUCGCUUCCAUGUUGUGUGUUUCACUGAUUAACUGAGCAGCAAUAAAUGCCUUGAUAGUGAUGUGCUGAUAAGCACCAGUGUGCUUCGGUUCGAUUCCGGUGUUGAUUCUCGCCGGGGAAAAAAAAAAAGUGAAGCUGCUUCAGAGUGUGCUUAGUUCGAUUGAAGCAGUCACCGUGGUUACAAGUUACAAGUGAAGUACUGAUAGGCUCAACAAAAAUAAUAACGCGUACAUUGAGCUCUUUUGUGUGUUAUAUAAUUCCAGGCCUAUGCAGGAUGUGUGUUUUUUUCUUAUUGUGCCCGUGUAUAACAAUAGCAAAGGAAGCAAUAUUGUUCUAAACGAAGCGACUCAUUGUGCAUAGAAACAGUGAUCCGAAGUGAACUAUACAGUAAUGAAGUUGAACUUAUAUUUUUGAUUAAGACCGGUCGCAAAGUUCAGCGUCGUUGAGCGCGUCUUGUUGUUAUUGAUCUUCCCCCCCACUCAGCCCAGGGGAAAACCGGUUUUAGCAACUUAGUGCCUUUAUCACACGGAACCGACCGGUGGCGGUGUGCCUUGAAACGAGGUCACGAGAUUUAAUGAUCACCAGCAAUUAGAGUGUAUUCUUUUUUCCGCGUACUAUACGCAAUCCACAUCAAGGUGUAACGUAAGCCAAAGCAUUGACAAAGAAGACCUCGCGAGGAUGUCCCACGACACAGAUGAAAACAAAGUUCGCUAUCGGCGGACACAAAGCGUGACCCGGGCAGAAGAAAUCACCAAGAAUGAAUCCAACCAGCGGAAAUCACAACCGGACAAACCAUGCCACCGGCCGCGGGAUUCGCUGUUCUCCUGGAGCUCGGGCUUCGACAAUUUCACCGGCCUUGUCAAUUGGGGCUUUCUACUGCUCACGAUGGGAGGUUUUCGGCUAGUGUUGGAAAAUUUUAUAAAAUACGGUAUCCGGGUAGAUCCGGUCCAGUGGUUCGUAGUGCUCACCGGAAGAAAUGAGGGCCAGGGAUAUCCUUCGUUGCUGUUGGUUUUGUACUCGAUAGUUCCUAUAGUGAUAUGUUUGAUGGUGGAGAAAGGUUUGGCAUCCGAUGUGCUGAUGGAAAGUGCCGGCAUGGUAGUGCACGUAGUCAACAUCCUCGUGCUGGUGCUAAUUCCCAUGGUGGUGAUACACGUCAAAGGGCAAGCAUUCAGUCUCGUUGGCGCCAUGACGGUUUGCUUCAUCUAUUGCAUCCUGUUCCUGAAGAUGUGGAGCUACGUUCAGGUGAACCUGUGGUGUCGCACCCGACACAAACAACGCAGGAACCGAUCCGGUCGCCGACAGAGCAUUUCCGUAGCUCAACUGCAAAACGAACGUGAACACUACGGCGAUGGAAACGGCGUGGCGUCUGGUGCCGUGAAAGACAAAGUACCGCAGCUGGUACACUAUCCGGACAAUCUACAUCUGAAGGAUCUGUUCUACUUCCUGUUGGCACCGACGCUCUGCUACGAACUGAACUUCCCACGUACCUCUCGCAUCCGAAAGCGCUUCCUGAUCAAACGGAUUCUUGAAGUGGUCAUCGGAGUGCACAUCGUCAUGGGGCUGUUCCAACAGUGGAUGAUUCCCUCGGUGAAGAACUCGUUGGUUCCAUUCUCCAACAUGGAUCUGACCAAGACGACGGAGCGGUUGCUCAAAUUGGCGAUUCCCAACCACUUGAUGUGGCUCUGUUUCUUCUAUCUGACCUUCCAUUCCUUCCUGAACCUCAUGGGAGAACUGCUUCACUUCUCCGACCGCAACUUCUACAGCGAUUGGUGGAACGCCAACAACAUCGAUACGUUCUGGAGGACUUGGAAUAUGCCAGUUCAUAAGUGGUGCGUACGACAUCUGUACAUCCCGGUCGUCGAGAUGGGCUACUCCAAGAUCUCCGCAUCGGUGUUCGUAUUCUUCAUCAGUGCCUUCUUCCACGAGUACCUGGUUAGCGUACCGCUGAAGACAUUCAAAAUUUGGGCCUUCAUGGGUAUGAUGGCUCAGAUACCGCUCUCUUUCGUGUCGCGAUUCAUGGAAAAACAGUACGGAGCCCGCUGCGGAAACAUAGUCGUGUGGGCGUCAAUCAUUCUCGGUCAACCGUUGGCGAUUAUGAUGUACUACCACGAUUACGUGAUUACGCACUACAACGAGGUGCUGGUAUGAUUCGACGGAUGGAUGAAGAGCAUCAACCACCAACAGUGCUACUUAUAAUUAGACAAAUGUUCGAGCGACGAACAUUCUAGCUGGAAACGAACAAACGAUACAUAUCGGUAACUAAAAUAAUAAAAAGUAGAUUGGAACGACGGUACGCGAACAUCACGUGUCUGAAAGCCAUACAUCACAUGUUAUGUCAUGCAUUUUUCUAAUAGCUGGUAAGCCUUUUCUCUGUACGUUUAUUUUUUAAUAAAACAAAAUAUUUUUGUGGAAAAUAA